GCCAACAGUAGACCACUAACGUGGUAUUAAUUGUAUUAGCGUUGUAUUUACAUUCUCUGAACCCGAAAUGGUCCCUUCGUCCCUUUUUAUCCAAUAGAUAUGUGCGCAUCAUGACUUACAUGACGCGCGCGUGUGUUGUUACGACUGAUGAUGACAUUUUUUGGACGCCAUUUUGGAUUGUGUAUGUCGUAUGAACGUGCUGUGUGAACGUAACACUGUAUAUAUAUAUAUAUAUAUAUAUGAGAUGGCUAUGGCUUUGAAGGCGAUGUGUGUCCUGGUGAGACGCGGUAUAACAGCACUGAUAGUAACAGUUUUGAUGGCGUCAGUGUUUGUGGCAAUCAACACAGAUACAACCUAUGCAAAGACCUUAACCUUCGGUGAUGACGUGGUAGAUCACUUCCUGGUCAGACGAGAUGUUAGUUUAGGUGAAAACACAACUAAGGCAGACACUACCGGAUAUGACAUUAAAAAUGACACACUGAGUCAGUUGAUGGAAAAGUACAAAACGACCAAGCGGUACAAAGACGAUCCGGAUUUCGAACCAACGAUGUGUGUUCAUAUCAAUAAAACGGAUAAUGACACAAUAGACGGACAUUUCCUGUGCCCAAUGACCAACGAUUCUAAAGAAGAGACCAAAUGCUGUGGAGAGGCAGACGGACAAUUUUGUUGUAAACCAGUAGUAGCUGGAGGCCGGAAACCACCGGCACAUGACGAAACGACGAUGCUGCUAAUGUUGAUUCCCCUCUUUGUGGUCCCGAUAAGCCUUUGUCUUAUUCUUUACUGUUGCUGCUGUCAACGUAGACCGGAAGUGCAUUCUGGGAAAUUAGUAUGGAUACGGAAAUCUAAUAAAAAAGAAAUUUAUCUGUCAGAAGGUGGAGUGAAUCCGACUGAACAGCCUGAUACUGAGCUAAUAGGCUUUACUGAACGUGUGGACGGUCAGAACAGCACUGAACAAUUACACCACCGAAGCUCAAAUGACGUAAGCAAAACCGGAAACACCGAGGAGGAGGGUACGAAAACCCAUGUGUCUCAUUCAGGCCAGGAGAUGACUGUGCCUUUAAUCAAUAUACUGGCCAGUACACCAGAUCAAGAACAGUGACACCAGUGCUCAUCACAAACGGAUAAGAAAAGGAUAUCUAUUAAAAAUGGCACAUGCAUCCUUCUGGCUAAGAGACGAAGAUUUCUUUAGCUACAUUCUAGCUUUAAAUUGUGAACAAAAUUCUAGGAAUUAAUGGAAAAUGAUAUAUCAAAACAGUGAAGACUUUUACGGAAAAUACCGGAGUGUAAGCAGUUUAAUUAUAUUAUCUUAUCAGCUAUCAUUGAUGCAUUUCAUGAUAAUGUGAGCUUGCAGAACCAUGUGAAAAAUCAAUCAAUAUUUAUAUGGUACUGGGGUAUACACUGCAGUUACAUUUCCGUAGAAAAUGUCCGUCUCACAGAAACAUGGUUUCUUGUUUAAAAUGUUUUAUUGUGUUAUAUUUCUGACAACAAAUGUCAAUAUCAUGUUUUAAGAGGUAAUAUUAUGAGUUUAAGUCAGAAACUUAGCAUUAAGAACUUAACAUUUCCUAUAGUCGUUUCAUUUUUAUAAGAUUUAAAAGCUCGGUGAAAGCAGGUACGGUUACUAUUAAUAUCAACCCGUUGAAAUGUCUUAUCUAAAGCCACAAUUAAACUAUAUGUAAUUUGGAUACAAUGAACAUGUACUUUAGUGAAUAAUAAGUAAUAACGUUAGAUGGGUGUGGGCUUGAGGAUGCGUGAUAUUGGUUCCCUAAAAUAAUAGCAAUUUAUCGAGGCGAUCUAGCAUUUCAUAGCAUUUAGUGUGGUUAUAAAUGAGCGUGACAUCUUAUGACCAAUUUCAAUUUCAUUAAAUAAUCUAGGUGAUACGGUCCCCGGUUUCUCAUGAAUACACUGCUACCGUUUCCGCUGUAUUUCACCAUAGAUUUUGUAGUUUCGGAUGACCACAACCAUCAUCUUUUGAAGCCGGUUCCUAACCUUCAUACUGGUAUACUUCAUAGAAUGUGUCAUAUCGUAGCACUCAGAAGAUACUGUUUUUAGUAUCUGUAGACGAACUACUGAGUAUUUAUUAUGAAGGCAACAACAGCCUUAAUACCAUACAAUAGUCAAAACUAACGUAGCUAUGCAACAUGUUUAAAAUUCAAGUUCAAUUCAACAUAAACAACCAUGAACUUCAAACACAUACAGCUGAUUGCAACUUGAAAGUUUAUAAUAAAACAGUAUGUCGAAAAUUAAUUUCACUGAAACAUACAGCCGUCUCGUCCUUCUAAGACUUAUCAGCAAUGAUAGGGACCAACGAUGUGCAAAUCCAAAUUUGUUUCGACUCCUUUUUUUUCAAACGGAAGGGAUGGUCAGUGAAACCACUAUAUUAUGUGCAUUUUGCAAACAAGAGGAGAACUCCUUAAUUUCAAAUAACGUAAUGAAUACGGCGUAUAUAGAAUGAACCUUGCCAACACACAAAAGCGGUUAUGUGGCUAUCAAGGUUACGGCAAAUUGCAUAUCUGUAUUCCAAUGUUAAAUUGGGGUCUAUGAAUAUGACAUAUCAGAAGAUAAACAACUACAGGGGCCGUACCAAUCUUUAGGGAGCUUGUAGAUCCUUAAUGCGUGUCUUAACUAGACAUUCUCAUCUGCUGGUAAACGAUUAGUCGCAAUUUAAUGCGCGUGAAUAUUACACUAUUAAUGUGAAGUAAUGUUGUCGACUGUAAAAAUCAAUUACUUUGGUCGAGAUGAUUUAGCUUCCAUUUCCGUUCUACCAGUAAACAUCAGUGUUAAGCUACUUACACAAUACACCCACAGAUCAUGAACUCAUUCCAUAUAUAUAACUUAAGCUUACGGUAUAUGAGAGAUUGAGAUUUUUUCACCGUCGAUGUUGCACCUGAGAGCAGAGUCAAGGCAUAACUGAUGAAAUAUUUCAAUAUUUAUUUAAAAGGUCAACAUCAACAGGCUUCGUCUCUUUAUAACAAAUAUGAUGAACAUCUCGUACAUAACAAUAACCCCAAGCUUUGCAUUAUUAAUUUACCCCAAAUCGAAAAAAAUGUACAAUUCCUGAACAGUCUUUGGCUCAUAAGUUCUACUGGAGUCGAUAUCAUUUGAUAUAUCUAAAUUUCAAUGGUUAGUUGAGUUUACUAAAAAUGUACCGAAAUUUGAUUGCGAAAUUCAUACUCUCAUCCAAACCAUCCUGUUGGUUGUUAUCUUCUUAACAGCUUUCCAUUCCGCCUUUUCGUUUUGCAGAGUUAUCUGCUCUUGUGAGCACGUAUUUAUUGUUACAUCAUCAGUUUGUGGGAGAAAAAUUCGUCGUUUUCUCAACGUUCUCUCACAAACAAAUGACGUAACAAUCAAUACCUGCUCACAAGAGCAGAUAACUCUGCAAUACGAAAAGACGGAAUUUACUGACACAAUAUAUUGUUUUCUACUAUGACUGCAUGCAUUAUUUAUAUGGAAGAUGUAGUUUGCACUUGAAUGUAGAUGUACAUUUUUAAUUGACAUAAUCAAUACAAAAGUAAAGAUCUAAGCUAUUUCCUUUGAAUUUCUACAGCCUGAACUGUGCAGAAUAAUGCAAAACAUCACAUUAUUAAAAAAUGGUAAGGUUUUAUAAUCAAAACACGACUUUGUAUUUCAUUUUUUUAAGGUGUCAUUUUGAAUUUUAAAAUGUAUAGUUUUAUUAAAAAUGUCAAUAUCAUCAAUACAAGCUGUACGCAAACACUGUGCCAAUAUGUCUUGUAAAACCUACAGUUUUUAAGAUAUUAAGUAGCGUUUCUUCAUGUGUCUUAUCCUUGCAUUUGUAAUACAUAUUUAACAAUUUUGAAAUAUUUAUCAUAUGUUUUGUUCAUUAACUUCAGGCUAUAUAUGCACAAGUAUUCCGUGAAUUGUUAUUUCAUGUAUGAGCGUGGUUCUGAUCUGGACUACGUGGCUGUCGCGUGUCUAUGCAUUGAACCUAUGUGUAUACUUUGCCUCCACCGACAGUUCUUCGAUAUAAUAUAUACACGAAUGAUUUAAAAGCAAUCUUUUCUGUAUUUGCAUAUGCACCUAUGUUUCCCCUUCAGGCAUUUUGGGUUUUCUCAAUCCCAACUCAUUGGAUAAACCUACUAGAAUCGAGUUGGUAAGCAGAUUGAUUACCCGUUUAAUGAGUGACACCCUGGACGUUUUUCAUUGGUGAAUCUUUUAAUUAAAACCCCAAGAAACAGUGUUUUGCGACGUCAUUCUCCGAUGUAAUGCCAUAAUUCAUUAUAAAUGAUCCCCCGAACGGAGACAGGAGUAAUGUACUCCCCAAAACAAAGUGGUUUUCUGUAAAAAAAAUCGAAGAUUAUGGGAACGCCCUCUCCCAAAUCCCCAAACUCGCGAUGGUUAAUCGUCAUUUUUAUUUAGCUCUAGUUAGUUGAUUUUCGAACUUUGAAAGACACUUGGUAAACCUUUGAAAAUUAACUAACUCGAGUGAGAUUAACAUGUUAUUCAACCAUGCAUGAUAACCAAUCAGCAUCCAUUGAGGGACGUCUACAUAUACAAUGGUGUACCUAGUAAUACGAAAAUGAUUAAAACAAGGAGCUGCUUGUGCUAAUGUCGGAAACAUGGUUUAUCAGGUUAGAUAUUAUUAUUAUGACGUCAAUUGCCAAUCAUAUUAUAUCAUACACUGUUUCACCGCUAUUUUACUGUUUACGAUCCUGUCACUUUAAUCCUAUCACCUUGACUUUCAAACCAACAAAACUUCUGAACUUAAACAACGUUCUAAAUUCUCAAAAUCAACGUUUAUGAAAAACGUAAAAUAUCCAUGAUUUUUGUUUUGAAAUAAGUCAACUCUAAAAUAGAAACAAUGAAUGAAUUGCGGAUAAUCGACCAUUUUUGUAGGCACAUGGCAAUGUAUACUAUAGGAACAUUUUAGUUAAGAAAGUUCAUAAUGUUCAGAAGGAGUAGUUACUGAGUCUAAGUCAAGCAAUUAAGGAACAUUUCGGUUAAGAACGUUCAAAGAGUUCGGAAGUAGUUCGUUACCGAAGCCGAGUCACAGUCAGACUUUUUCCUAUGCAAGGAAUAUCUGUUCAUGACGUGUUCAGUUCAUCCGUGUCCUGUCUAAUCCUAUGCCUUUUUCUUAAACAAAUGUAUAUAUAUUUUUUAUCUACAACAUCAUGAAGUUGUUUAUCUUUUUGUUGAACUGGAGGUGUAUUUAGCAUGAUACAUUCAGGAAGAUUCAUGCGUUUCUAACUGAUCCCGCUCUCAGCAAAUGACCUUAAGAUUCAUAUUAUUGUGUCGUGUUCUGCGAUGCUGUCCAAGUAGUUUACACUGCAGCAAUAGAGCACCCUUCUAUUCUAAAUGUGUGGUUGAACCAGUAGUACGUUCUCACGGCCGAGAUUUUAUUUAAUCAAAACCACCAUGCCUUAUACGAUAUAUAUAAUUAUCACACUCAGAUAAAAUUCCAAAAUAUGUAUUUAUUCUUUUUCAAAUUAAAGAUGACAAUCUUGCUUUAAUCUGUUUAGGAUGUUUGAAUGAAUAAGUACAUUUUAAACGUAUGUACCUAUUUUUGAAUAACACUUCGAUAUAGAACUGACACCGUGAACAGAUUUUGUUUAAAAUUUUAUAUAGAAUAUAUUCAGUUUCAUAUAUUUUAAGUCGAUUGUUAUUCAUAUUACGUUCAUCACGAAAUAUAGCUGUUAAGAGGUAACUAGUUUUUACUGUGUAUAAGUAGAAUUAAUUAGUGUAAGUGAAUUAAACAAAAUUGAUAUGAAUUAGCACCGCUUUUUUUACGUCCUAACCUGUAUUAUGUGUAGUGAGUUACGCCGCUAACAUAUACACGUGCUAAUACACUUACUAUUCAGACACCUUUGACUGUCAGUGUAUCAGGCAGCAAUGUUAACUUAGCUUAUUGAGCGUUGAUAAAUGCAUUACGUUUUGUUUUACUUUGUGGUUGUUACAUUGAAACACUGAACAAUCAAAGAAAAAGGAAAAUAUUCGAAAUUUCGAACAUCGACGUUGUGGUACAUUUUAGUUAAAAAGUGUUUAGAAAUUUAUUUUAUAUAUAUAUUGUCCAUGUUUGAAGACGUUUAUUUACAAGAUAUUUAUAAUUACACAUUCGGGCGAGAGAAAAAAACAACAGAACAUGAGAUAGCAAUAUGACUUGGAACUCUCGAUCGUACAAGGGAAAGCCGGCCAAGGACUCUCUAUCAUGUAGCUAUAGGCGAGGUAUGGCCAAGGAUUCUCAAUGGGGGGACGGAAAUCUGAAUAGAUCUUGUAAAAGCAUCUUGAACUCAGUGCAAAUCUACUCAAUGUGUAGAAGUUCAAAUUCAUAAGUUUAAUCUUUGUUACUUUGAAGAAAGGUAAAACAUGUAUCAUUUGUUUACUUUAGUUUCAUUUACUAAAGUGGUAACUGUUUUGUCAGUUUUUUAUUGUUAAUAUUUAUAGUCAGAGGGUUAUAUCGCUACCAAUGUUUACAAUAAUCGUUGUUACUGUACUCGAAUUUUACUAUCGUUAACUAUUUCCUAAGUAGUGACAUAAGCAAGUGUCUACGUCUUAUGCAGAACAAACGUACCCUUCAGGGCCACACCUUCUGUUUUUGUUGGGGUGCGUAUUAUCCUUUUCAUUCUGUCCAUCAUGGCCUGUUUCUAUGCGUUUACAUUGAUAUUGAGAUCCAUAUUAGUCAUUGUCUCACGAUAUUUGUUUUCUGUUAUACACACUAAUCAAACAAAUAUCGUUAUCUGUUAAUAAAGACCAUAUCUAUUGUGGAAAACGUUACAACUAAGGGAGUAUUUGUUUGGUAAUAAUGCUGCUGUACCACAGAGAAUGGACACCACAGAUACCUAGAAAUACUUAAUGUAGGAGCAACAAAAGCGUUGUGUUUAAACGUACAACUGUCCAGGCAGACAUAUUAAUUAUUGAUUUGAACUCCCAAGGCUUUUUCAUCAUAACUAUCAAACGUAAAAAAUACCAAAGGUCUUCAUUGCAAUCAAUAUUGUUUCUCAUAUAUCACCACAUGACAAUACGUGUUGUCAGCAACAGGUAAUUGUCAUAUUCUGUGAUCUUACUCGCGCGUAACACUACAAAACAAUCGUUAAUGGAACUGGCUAUUGUUUUGUACUAUGUCGCUUAACAGACCGGAAAUAAAAGUAAUGCAUAUAUGAAUACACUUCUAUAUCAAAAUCAAGAUAUCGUUAUAUCGGAAUGUAAACGUCUAUUGGAACAGUAUUUGUUCUCCUAUUUAUCUUAGUCUAUGAUAAAAAUAUAAAAGUAUAUAAGCAUCUCAUACAUUUUCCCUUUAUUUUGUGUGAGUAACAUUUUAAGUGUGUUGUUGUUUCCAAUACCUAGUUGUGAGUAUAUUUCAACAUUUUGGCUGGAUAUUUUUAAGAUACUUAACUUAAUAUCUUGAAAUCAUGUCUUUAAAUUCCCAUCGGGUCGAAGUAGACCCAAAUUAAACGAUAAGUGAUCAAGUUAUGAAAAAUAUGUCACUAAUAUAUCACCAUAUAUUACUUUCCGUGUAUGGAAGUUCAUACACGACAAAGCAUGUAUCAACGGCCCGAAUCGCCAUGUAGAAUACGAAAUAUUUAGUAACAGUAUCUAUUCCGGAGUUUAUCCUUCGUAUUUCAAUCAGCUCCACUUAUUGUACUCUUCCGUCUUUGCGUAUUACAGAGUUAUCUUCUCUAGAGAGCAGGUAUUGAUUGUUACGUCAUUUGUGUUUGA